UAUCGUGAGCAUGUGGGCCAGUGUCAUCAGGUCCCUGCUGUUGAACGGAUCAGUUGGGACGAUGCAAAUAUUUUCUUUGGGGUAUUUUUAAUCAGCAUUCAUCACCAAGAGCUCAAUUAAAUUGAGCGAAUUAAAAACUUAAAAAAAAAACAUGAUAAAGACAGUGGUGACUGGACUUUUGUGCGCUGCAGCUGCGCUGACUGCCGGAAUCCUGAUCGGACACUACGGCAUCGACAAAAGUAGCGACUCCGCACCGGCCUGGGUGAAGGAUGUGUCCAAGGAUGUGGAUGAGAACCUGCUCGAGGAGCUUUUGUCCCAGGUGGACAACGGCCGCAUUCAGGAAAACCUCAGGGAGUUGAGCAAAACUCCUCACAUGGCCACCACAGUCGGAGACGAGCAAACGGUGCAGUUGAUGCUGAACAGAUGGAGGGAUCCAGAAACGGGUCUGGACCGGGUGUGGAGGGAGGAAUACAUGGUCUACCUGUCCUUUCCUGAUCCCGACAAGCCCAAUAAGGUCACUGUUGUGAACCCGUCCAAUGCCGUGCUGCACACGGUCAGAGAGAAAGAGAAGGCUUAUACUCCGGACCAGGAGGAUCCUGCUGUGGUUCAACCCUAUGCUGCGUAUUCUCCUGCAGGGCAAGUACAGGGCAAACUUGUCUAUGCAAACUACGGGACAGUACAUGACUACCAGCUGCUGAACGAUACAAUAAACCUCAAAGACACUAUCGCCAUCACAAAAUACGGUGGCACUGGGAGAGCAGACAAAGCCAUCAACGCGGCUCGCUACGGUAUCCGCGGCGUGCUGGUCUACACGGACCCAUUGGACAUGAACGACGGCUUCAUGUCGGACAACAACGAGACAUAUCCGCAUUCCUGGUACAUGCCCCCUUCGGGCACGGAGAGAGGCGCGUUUUCCUCGAUUUAUGGCGACCCGCUCACUCCAUAUUUGGCUGCCAAAGAAAACACUUACAGAAUUCCAGAGGACGACAUCACUGGGAUUCCUCCCAUUCCCAUUCAACCCAUCGGCUAUGAGGAUGCCUACACGUUAAUCUGUGAGCUGGGUGGAGGACCAGCUCCAAUGGCGUGGCAAGGAGCUUUUAACUGUACGUACAACGUUGGCGGUCCAGGAUUUCGACCCUCUUCUGCUUUCAACAACAGUGACGUGAAGCUGGACAUAUCCAACUACGGUAAGGUGAAGAACUCCGCCAAUGUGAUGGGAGUCAUCAGGGGCAGCGUGGAGCCCGACCGAUACGUGAUCUACGGCAACCACCGGGACAGUUGGGUUCACGGCGCCAUCGACCCGGGCAGCGGGACGUCCGUCAUGCUGGAGCUGACGCGUGUGCUCGGCAAGGCGCUCAAGCAAGGCAAAUGGAGGCCUCGUCGGUCCAUUAUCUUUGCGAGCUGGGGGGCCGAGGAGUUUGGUCUCAUUGGGUCCAGUGAAUACACGGAGCAAUAUCUCACCAAGCUCAGCGAACGCACCGUGGCUUAUAUCAACGUGGAUGUUGCCGUUCAAGAAAAAAAAAAAAAAAAAAGACACCACAGUCGAGUGGUUUUGACUGAUCUAAGUGCAUCUGUCGGACAGGUCAAGGCUCCUGGAGUGGAUUCCAUGUCUGUGUAUGACAAGUGGAUCCGCUAUGCUAAUAGAACAAGCCCGGUCUACGGACUCAUUCCCAGUCUGGGGUUCUUGACAGGAGCCGGAAGUGAUUACGCCCCUUUCGUGCACUACCUUGGAAUCACUUCCUUGGAUAUUUCAUACACUUUUGACAGGACUAAAACAAGAACUCGGAUUUACCCGGCGUAUCACACUGCAUACGACACAUUCGACUAUUCCUCCAAAUUCAUUGAUCCUGGGUUCUACAUCCACCAGGCCGUCGGCAAAACCGCCGGGAGCGUCCUGGUGCGUCUGGCCGACAGUCUGGUGUUGCCGUUGAACUGUAGCGACUACGCGGAGACUCUUGAGGGCUACCUUCACAUGGCUUUGCAGGUGUAUGAAGACUACCUGCUUGCUCAGAAUAUCUCCAUGGAACCAAUCAAACGCGCAGUGGCCAACUUCCGCAGUGCGGCUUCCAACUUAGACCGAGUCAUUCGAAGCUCAGACCUGGCAAAUGAAACGCCACUGAAGGUACGAAAGAUUAAUGACCAGCUCAUGCUGCUGGACCGAGCGUUUUUGAACCCCGUGGGCUCCCCAAGUAAAUUCAGACACGUCAUCUGGGCGCCACUCGAAGUCACCAUGGGCACCUUACCUGGUUUGAGGGACACUUCCGUCGUCCAAGCUAUGUCGCCGGGAACACCCCCCACCAUGGCCCAAUUGCAUCUCCUCGUGUCUGUCAUGAGCCAGGCCAUCGACGGUGCCGCCCAGAUGCUGCUUGAUGUCAUAUAGAUCACAACACAGACUGUCAAGAAACAAGCACUUCCUGUAUAAAAAUGCAC